AUGAAUCGUCUUUUUAGCAAAUCGCUUUGUACCUCAGUCGCCGGACCAAAUCUGAAACCACCACCACCGGCUGAUUCCGCCGCCAUUGCCAAGCUUAUCCUCUCUUCUCCCACCAAAACCCUAGACGAUCAAUUUCUACUCUCCACCAAAACCCCAUGGACACCAGAGCUCGUUAACUCUGUCCUCAAACGCCUCUGGAACCACGGCCCUAAAGCCCUCCAAUUCUUCCACUUCCUCGACCAUCACCACCGCGAAUAUAUCCACGCCUCUUCCUCCUUCGACCUCGCGAUCGACAUCGCCGCUCGUCUUCACCUUCACACCACCGUCUGGUCCUUAACCCACCGUAUGCGCUCUCUCCGCCUCGGUCCUUCUCCGAAAACCUUUGCAAUCGUCGCCGAGAGGUACACUUCCUCUGGGAAACCCGAUAAAGCCGUAAAGCUCUUUCUGAAUAUGCACGAACAUGGCUGUUUUCAGGAUUUAGCUUCUUUCAAUACGAUUCUCGAUGUCCUGUGUAAAUCCAAACGCGUAGAGAAAGCUUAUGAGUUGUUUAGGGCUCUUAGGGGGAGAUUUAGUGCUGAUACUGUUACAUACAAUGUGAUUGUUAAUGGUUGGUGUUUGAUUAAACGUACCCCUAAGGCUUUGGAGGUUUUGAAAGAGAUGGUGGAGAGAGGGAUAAACCCUAAUUUGACCACUUAUAACACAAUGCUCAAAGGGUUUUUCAGAGCAGGGCAGAUUAGGCAGGCUUGGGAAUUCUUCUUGGAGAUGAAGAAACGGAAGUGUGAAAUCGAUGUUGUUACUUACACAACCGUGGUUCACGGCUUUGGUGUCGCGGGGGAGAUAAAUCGGGCGAGGAAUGUAUUCGAUGAGAUGAUUAGAGAAGGAGUGCUUCCUUCUGUUGCGACACAUAAUGCUUUGAUUCAGGUUUUGUGUAAGAAAGAUAGCGUAGAGAAUGCUCUUGUGAUGUUUGAGGAAAUGUUGAGGAAAGGUUAUGAACCGAAUGUGACGACUUAUAAUGUGUUGAUAAGAGGGUUAUUUCACGCUGGACAGUUCAGUCGCGGAGAGGAGUUGAUGCAGAGAAUGGUGAAUGACGGCUGCGAACCAAACUUCCAGACAUACAAUAUGAUGAUACGCUAUUAUUCAGAAUGCUGCGAGAUUGAGAAAGCGUUGGGUUUGUUUGAGAAGAUGGGGAGUGGGGAUUGCUUGCCAAACCUGGAUACAUAUAACAUACUGAUAAGUGGAAUGUUUGUGAGAAAAAGAUCAGAAGAUAUGGUGAUGGCUGGUAAACUAGUGCUUGAGAUGGUCGAGAGAGGGUUUAUACCACGGAAAUUCACUUUUAAUCGAGUUCUGAAUGGGCUUCUCCUGACAGGAAAUCAAGCUUUCGCAAAGGAGAUCUUGAGGUUGCAGAGUAAAUCUGGUAGCCGGCUUACCCGGAAGUUCAGGCUAUGA